GGGGAGCCGGGGCGCGGAGCAGCGGGACAGGCGGGCUCCUGACGGCGGCGGCUCCGGGGCUGCGCGGCGCUGCCUGGUGGGCGCGAGGCUCGGCGGAGCUCGGAAGUGCGAGGGGCGAGGCGGCGGUGCUGUGGGAUCUGGGUGCGGGCACCGAAGGGCGGUGUGGCGAGUUCCGGAGCUCCCGAGGAAUUGUACAAGAAACUGAAGUUUUGAUUCCAGUAUAUUUUAAAUUGAAACCAGAGAUGUACUAGAGUUUAGAUUCUUUCAUUUGAUUAAGGUAUGGUCUGAAUAUGCGUUGCUUGGCAGCUCGGGUCAACUAUAAGACUUUGAUUAUCAUCUGCGCACUCUUCACUUUGGUCACAGUACUUUUGUGGAAUAAGUGUUCCAGUGACAAAGCAAUCCAAUUUCCACGGCACUUGAGUAGUGGCUUCAGAGUGGAUGGAUUAGAAAAAAGAGCAGCAGCAUCUGAGAGUAACAACUAUGUGAACCACAUGGCCAGACAACAGUCUGAGGAGGCAUUCCCUCAGGAGCAGCAGAAAGCACCCCCUGUCGUUGGGGGCUUCAGUAACAAUGGAGGAAGUAAGGUAUUAGGGCUCAAAUAUGAAGAAAUUGACUGUCUCAUAAAUGAUGAACACACAAUUAAAGGGAGACGAGAGGGGAAUGAAGUCUUUCUUCCAUUCACUUGGGUGGAGAAAUAUUUUGAUGUUUACGGAAAGGUGGUUCAGUAUGACGGCUAUGAUCGGUUCGAAUUCUCUCAUAGCUAUUCCAAAGUUUAUGCACAGAGAGCCCCUUACCAUCCUGAUGGCGUCUUUAUGUCCUUUGAAGGCUACAAUGUGGAAGUCAGAGACAGAGUCAAGUGCAUAAGCGGGGUUGAAGGUGUACCAUUAUCUACACAAUGGGGACCUCAAGGCUAUUUCUAUCCAAUCCAGAUCGCACAGUAUGGGUUAAGUCAUUACAGCAAGAAUCUAACUGAGAAACCUCCUCAUGUAGAGGUAUAUGAAACAGCAGAAGACAGGGACAAAAACAGCAAGCCUAAUGACUGGACCGUGCCAAAGGGCUGUUUUAUGGCUAGUGUGGCGGAUAAGUCUAGAUUCACCAAUGUUAAACAAUUUAUCGCUCCAGAGACCAGUGAAGGUGUGUCCUUACAACUGGGAAACACAAAAGAUUUUAUUAUUUCAUUUGACCUCAAGUUCUUGACAAAUGGAAGUAUAUCUGUGGUUCUAGAGACUACAGAAAAGAAUCAGCUCUUCACUGUACAUUACGUCUCAAAUGCCCAGCUCAUUGCUUUUAAAGAAAGAGACAUAUACUAUGGUAUUGGGCCCAGAACUUCAUGGAGCACAGUUACCAGGGACCUGGUCACUGACCUCAGGAAAGGAGUGGGUCUUUCCAACACAAAAGCUGUCAAGCCAACCAAAAUAAUGCCCAAGAAGGUAGUUAGGUUGAUUGCAAAAGGGAAGGGAUUCCUCGACAACAUUACCAUCUCAACCACAGCCCACAUGGCUGCAUUCUUUGCUGCUAGUGAUUGGCUGGUAAGGAACCAGGACGAGAAAGGUGGCUGGCCAAUUAUGGUGACCCGUAAGUUGGGGGAAGGGUUUAAGUCUUUAGAGCCAGGGUGGUAUUCUGCCAUGGCCCAAGGGCAAGCCAUUUCUACACUGGUCAGGGCCUAUCUGUUAACAAAAGACCAUAUUUUCCUCAAUUCAGCUUUAAGGGCAACAGCCCCUUACAAGUUUCUUUCUGAGCAGCAUGGAGUUAAAGCUGUGUUUAUGAAUAAACAUGACUGGUAUGAAGAAUAUCCAACCACACCUAGCUCUUUUGUUUUAAAUGGCUUUAUGUAUUCCUUAAUUGGGCUGUAUGACUUAAAAGAAACUGCAGGGGAAAAACUCGGGAAAGAAGCAAGGACCUUGUAUGAGCGGGGCAUGGAAUCUCUUAAAGCCAUGCUGCCCUUGUACGACACUGGCUCAGGAACCAUCUAUGACCUACGUCACUUCAUGCUCGGCAUUGCUCCUAACCUGGCCCGCUGGGACUAUCACACCACCCACAUCAAUCAGCUGCAGCUACUCAGCACCAUUGAUGAGUCCCCAAUCUUCAAAGAAUUUGUCAAGAGGUGGAAAAGCUACCUUAAAGGCAGCAGGGCAAAGCACAACUAGAGCUCACAACCAAAAUCAUACUUCAGCCUCUGCUACAUAAGGAAACUACAGGCUCUCUCAGCAGAGCAUGGGCACAUUUUUAAAAGGUUGUAUACUAGGUUUUUGUGGAUUAUAUCAAGGUGACAAGUGAUCCUUAAUGCCAGUCCUCUGAAAUAAUUGCAUUCCAUGGGUUGGAUGUUUAGAAAUAUAGGUGGCAUUUAAAACAGAAAGCGUUUAGACAAUGGGCUGAACAAAGCUGUUCAACUUUGCCUUGCCCAUAACCCUAUACAGUCCACAGAUAGUCUGGUCACUGUCGGUUUGGAAAAGGUAAUGGUAAGUAGUUACUGGUCAACUGUCUAGCAAGUACCUGAAAACUUAGUAUGGGGCUCUUUCUAAAUGUGCUAAUUUAUGUUGAAAGCAGACUUUGGAAAAAAUAAUGUGCUGUAAUACAGUAAAUAUGUACUUGUAGCCUGGAUAGUGGACUGUGUUCAAGUUUUUAAAAAGAUAUUUCUUUUCUAUAGGUUAACUGCUUGGAAGCAAAUGAACAUUUGCUGUAUUUGUUCAAUUUGUUAUAUGUGGAAAAUAUUCUGAAUUAUAGUUUUCUUGAAAUGUGCAAAUUAAAAACACAACCAGUGUUCAGGCUUCACAGUUAUAUAAUGUAAGCACAACUAAAACGAAACUUCUUGACUGCACAAGAAAUUAUAAAAAUGUUAUCUGUUUUGAAACUUGAUCUACAAUCAGUAAAAGUUUGAUAAUCAGUCUCUUCCUCACACAUUGUGAUAGAUUUUUUUUAAUUACUAUCUAGAAUUUUGUAUUUUAUUUCAGACUACACUUGAGAGUUUUGUACAUUUUGUGGGGGGACAUUUUGGGGACAUUAUUUGGGAAAUUUAUUAAAUACCUAAAUUUGGAAAGGAUCUGAUAAUUUUAAGGCCACCACCACUUCCUUUUAGAAUUUUUCCCUGCUUUAAAGAAAAAUACCAUGUCAGAUAUUACAUACAAGAAUCAUAGCAGGAUUUUUUUCCCUACCCUGAUCACUCUUAACCAUCAAAUUCCCAAACUGUUAAAUCUGUGUGUUAUUAUUUUGCCUUUGAAAUGUAAUUUUACCGUAUUCCACCUAUUAGAACAGAUGCUACUGCCAUUUGCUGUGUGCAUGUAUUCAGAUCUUUAUUUUGGCUAGAUAUCUUACUAUACCUCACAUGAAGAGAUUUCAGAGCCCUUACACUAUGGGCAGUGUCUGCUAUGAAGCUUCACUAGUUUAAAACCAGGGAUUAGGUGAAAACCCAGUGGUGUUUAUUUGCUCUGGCUUUUGUUUUAGGUAUGACAACACACUAUAUCAGUACUAUAUCUUAUAAAGUUUGAACUACGAGACCCCGCACUUUCAGGGGACUAAGUCUGACAAACACAGUACAGUUUUAUCUGUGAUCUAUUUAUAUAUCAAAUGCAGAUGUAAGAGCCAGGUAGGUUACUUGCCUACCCACCGUAUCUUAGUUGAGUGCAAUCUACCAAGCACUACUUAGAAACUGGAAAAUAUAUAUACAUACAUAUGUAUAUAUGUAAAAUACAUAGACGCAUCAAAAGGGGCAGGAGCAGAGAAACUGAGGACAAUAUUAAGCUGGCCAUAGAAAAGUAAGCUUAAACUCCUAACGUACGUGACAACUCUUAAUGUGGCCAGUUGCGGGUUUUUAAGUUUUCAUCUAGCUUUUGACCUUUGUCUGAUAUAUUAGAGGUCUCAAUAAGAAUAUCUGGACUUCCCUAAUUUUUAUUUGCAAAGCCAAUGUUCAGAACAAACUUUCUCCAAUCUGGAAACCUAUUUCAUUCCUCAUAUUUGUUAUUGUUUAGAGAACGGUUCAGACUUCCACUUUGUGUUGCCUCCUGGUCUUCAGAUUAGGAGAAUCAAUAAAAACAGUAUGGUACUGCUUCUGUGACAAAUAUCAGUGCCUUAACAAUGUGGCUGUCUCUUUCCACUGAAGAAGGAAAGACCUUUUGAUCUAGAAAUGCCAUUGCUAGGUGGCACCUGUGGCUCAGUGAGUAGGGUGCCGGCCCCAUAUACCGA